CAGGGAUACGUGGAGUUCAUCACAGCAGCGCUUCCCUAUCUGAAAGACUAUGGCGUUCACCGAGAUUUGGAGGUCUAUAAGGCGCUGAUGAAUGUGUUCCCGAGGAAUCGGUACCGACCCGACAACAUAUGGGCCGCCGGGAUGUUUCACUUCCCGAUGGAACAGACGGCUGCCGUUCAGAUACUUUGCGAGAUGGAGAAGAAUGGCAUAAUGCCAGACAAAGAGAUGGAGACAAUGAUUAUCGAGAUAUUCAGUAAGUAUUCGUCGCCGUGGCGUAAAUGCGCCCGAAUGUCAUACUGGAUGACCAAAUUCGCGAACGCCAACCCUUUCCCAUUGCCCGACCCCUUGCCGUUGGACGCACUCGAGUUGGCACUACUGGCACUCAAACGCAUGUGUAUUGACGUCCAGACGAAGAUCAGUGUCCUUUCGACGGCUCAAGUGGAGGGUUCGUUGGACAAGACAUGGGUAGUGUCGGCACAGAGUCCGUCCCAACGCGACUUAGUGUCUGAAUUGGCGGACACAGAGACGGUGUACGUCGACGGGCCGUUCAAAGUGUGGCUCCGAAUGAUGAAUCUCUCGUAUUUCACACUUCGGGCCAAUAAUCCGAAUCCAGUCUUCCAUCGCGACGACGACAACAUCGAUAACGACGAGUUUAACGACGUGUCAUCGAUUCCGUUGUCGACGUUCGGCAAAGAAGAUAGAGAUCAAGUGUUGGCACCGAAGAAGAUUAUCCAUCUGCAGGACGACGGCAUAAUACUGGCCAUCGCGGCCACCGGCACCUCCAGCCGCGACUCACUCUUGUCGUGGAUUCGCUUACUUCAGGCCACGAAUCCGAAGCUGAAGAAACUGUCGGUUGUAUUCACACAACAGGGAAUGUCCACUGAUAUACAGGAGACGCUCGCCGAUGAACGGCCACCGCCUCCGCCACUCAACACCACAACAACUGAUUAACUAAUUAGGCG